CAGAUUCCUACAAAUAUCCAAAAGUCGCGAUCAUCCUGACCUUCUCUUUCUCUCCCACCUCUCAUCACGAAAUCAGACCGCCAGUGGAGUCGGCGAGAACGUCCGACAUGUCGCACCCUAUACCGAUUCCUGGCCGGAAGUCAGAGCCCGGCUAUCUUGAUGAAGCCGCGGCGGCUGAUCUCCCAGCCAGCGUUGGAAGCUUCGGAAGCAACACAGAUGGGGGGGCUAUGACGCCCGGCUGGCAGUCUUCCACGCCGGGAAGCCCUUAUCUGUUGUCUAGGAACUCAUCAUAUAUCGGAAGCCAGUCGCUACAGGAAGACUGGGACAUCCCCCUCGACAAGCUCACAUUCUUCGACAUUUUCGACAACCUUGCACUACCCUCCAAACUGGAAAGAUGGCAGGCCACCAUCUCGGCCCAGAAAGACAAGAUAGCCAAACAACAAGAGAGAAUACGUUCAUCAGGCAACACUGCCAAAGACCGCGCCAUGGCCGAGUGGCGCAAACGCGUCCCCACGGCCGACGAACAGCUGGCCAAAUAUCGGUCGCGGAUGAAGAAAUCUGUUGAUGGACUCAACAAGAGGUGGAAUGACACUGUCACCAUCACCAUCCGCGAGAAGGUGUCCUUUAUCUCCGCCGUCCUCAAUGUCUUUUUGAGUGGCUACCUGAUAGGCGCUGCGCCAGAGUACUUUUACUACUGGUUCACGGCGCAAUUGGCAUACUUUAUGCCCAUCAGGUUGAUCACCUACCGACAGAAAGGCUACCACUACUUCCUCGCCGACUUAUGCUACUUUGUCAACUUCCUCUGUCUACUCACUGUAUGGGGUUUCCCUCGAUCGAAGCGUCUCUUCAUCAGCACCUACUGUCUCGCGUAUGGCAACAACGCAGUCGCCAUCGUCAUGUGGCGGAAUUCACUGGUUUUCCACUCCCUCGACAAAGUCACCAGUCUUUUCAUUCACGUCAUGCCGCCAGUGGCCCUUCACUGCAUGGUCCACUUAUCAUCCAGAGAGUUCCUCCAGGAGCGCUUCCCUGCAGUCUAUACCAUCAAAUACAGCAGCUACGGAUCACCAGAGCACUACAGUCUGUGGGCCAUGCUCGUCUGGGCAACGUUUCCCUAUGCGGUAUGGCAGCUUUCGUACCAUUUCUUCAUCACGGUGCGAAGACGCGAGAAGAUUGCAGCAGGCCGUCCCACGUCCUUCACCUGGCUCCGUAAAUCGUACGCCAAUACCUGGAUCGGCAAAUUCGUCAUCUCGCUUCCAAACCCGCUCCAAGAGCCGGCGUUCAUGCUGAUCCAGUACUCCUACGCUCUUCUCACCAUCAUACCCUGCCCGUUAUGGUUCUGGUACAGGUGGGCUAGUGCGACUUUCCUGCUAGUCGUUUUCGGGUGGAGCGUGUGGAACGGCGCCAACUACUACAUGGACGUCUUUGGCAAGAGGUUCCAGAAGGAACUCGAACAAGUCAAGCGUGACGUGGCCAAGUGGCAAAACAGUCCUGGGGCUUUUCUCAGUCCGCCGAAUGGCCCUGUCGACGGGGAUGUGGGCAAGGACGACGAUAAGUCAAAUAGCGGCCACGAGAAGAGGAGGAGCAUUGACUCGAUUCCGCUGCUGGAUGAGACACAUCAGAACGGCAAGGCCGAAAUGGGAGCACGCGCGACGGGAGCAGAGCUACUCGAUGAUGGCCUGUCAAGCGUUUCGGAUCGCAAGCCGCUAGCCUCAUCACCUUAGCGCUACGUGAGGUGAUCUAGCAAUGUGCCUAGACCCCAAAGAUAUUGAUGAGAAUAUGACACCACCACCGAAGUGUACUCUAAUCUGGGUUGUUGUUCUGUUUCCAAUUCGUUAUACUGUCUGGCGUUAAGGUGCCACUGCGGUGCUGCUUUCAUAAGAUUGGAUACCCUUUAUUUCUUACGCUGUAUCGCGUUUGCAUCUUGAGUGGGG